AUGGACGUCGCAUCGCUCUUCAACGUCAAGGACAAAAACAUCCUCGUAACAGGCGGCGCAAAAGGAAUAGGCUACAUGAUCUCAGAAGGCUACAUCACAAACGGCGCAACAGUCUACAUCUCCUCCCGCGACGCCAAAGCCUGCUCCGCCUCCGCCGCCGCCCUCACGCAAAAGGGCCCCGGCAAAUGCUACGCCAUCCCCGCCGACCUCCAAAAGCUAGACGACUGCAAACGCCUCGUCGACGAGCUCGCCAAGCAAACGGGCGGGAAACUCCACGUCCUCGUAAAUAACUCGGGCGCAGCCUGGGGCGACGCCUUCGAGACAUACCCAGACGCAGCCUGGACGAAACUCCUGACGCUGAACCUCCAGCGCGUCUUCACCUUGACGCAGCUCGCCGCCCCCUUGCUGGAAUCCGCAUCCUCCUCCGGUGACCCGUCGCGCAUCAUCAACAUUGGCAGCGUAGACGGCCUCCGCGUCCCGCUCAUCUCCUCGUACGCCUACAGCGCGAGCAAAGCGGGUCUGCACCACCUCUCGCGCGCGCUCGCCAGAGAACUGGGGCCCCGCGGGAUAACGAGCAAUACCUUGGCCUGCGGACCGUUUGAGAGCAAGAUGAUGGCCGCCACGCUCGAGACGAUGCGCGAUACCAUCGAAGAGGAGAUCCCCAUGCGGAGGAUCGGGACGCCGCAGGAUGUCGCGGGCGCGUGUUUGUUCUUGAGCGGACGGGCGGGUGCGUUUGUGACGGGGGCGACGCUUACUGUUGAUGGCGGGAUUGUGUUGGCUUCCAAGUUGUGA